UCUAGUCAAAAUGCCGGGCCCGAUUUUAUGUUUCUUUAAGCAAGUUCUUCAUCACUGAGCCAAGUGUCCUCUUUUUUGGAAAUCAAAAUAUGGUCACCAUAAUUUUGUGAACUGCAUGUUUGUUUUAGGUUAGCAUUAGGGCUAACCGGGGAACAAGCUAAACAUCAAAAUUAGAACGAACUGAGAAGAAUAGAAGUCCAAACACUAGUCUCUGUCAUGGUCCCUGUGCCCCGCUGGUCGACCCUCUAUUAGGCAAUAUGUUUGGUGUGUUUGCUCUCUCUCUCUCUCGCUCUCUCUCUCUCACCGCGGCGACGCUCAUUGCGGGCUCCCGCUGCUGGCCACACACCUGCUCUCAUCAUCGCACCGGCCGCUGAUUCCAGCUGAGUACUGCACUACUUAAGAUGGCGAGUCUGCACUAGUCUUUGCUGGAUCGUUGAGCUAUCAGCGUCAGUCAAACUUGUGUAUCUGCCAACCUGAAUCUUGAAAGCCCUUUGUUAUUAUCCCGCUAACCUGACCUUUUUGUGUUUAGAUCGUUUUGGAAACCAGAUUCUGAGAGGAGUGACUGAGGAGGAGUUUUUGUACAGAAAGUGUGGAGCACCUUUCCCCCUAACCCUGUGUCCCCACGGACCCUGGCGACCCGGACCCCUUUCCCCUGCACGUUGUAUAUAGCCACUUGGUGAUUGUGUCCACUGUAAAUAAACGCACUGUUCUUCGCUUAAAGGAACACCCUGGCCUGCGCCUGAGUCUCUUUCGGAAACCUUAUCAGAACGAUCCAGCCAGCAUGGACUCAGCAGGACAGGACCCUGUGGGCCGGGCUCUGGCCGCCCAGGAAGCCGUGCUUGCCCGCCAUGAACAAAUGCUCGUGCAGCUACGGAAUGACAUGGCCGCAUUGACCCAGGCGGUAGCGCAGUUAAUACCGCUGGAAGGAAAUGCGCAACCAGGGAAUCCUCAGCCACCCGGCCCAGCUCCCCAGGAGGCACCGCCUGCCGCAGCGUCAGGUAGCUCACCUCGGGUCGGGACGCCGUCUGACGGACCUCUACCCACACCGGAACCAUUCUCGGGUGAGUCUGACAAAUGUGCUGGUUUUCUGGCUCAGGUUUCUCUAACCUUCCGCGAGCUGCAGCGUUUUCAUAACAAUGAUGGGGCAAAAAUCACUUACUUAGUUCAACUUCUGAGAGGCCGUGCACUAAAGUGGGCCCAGGUUGUGUUAAACUCUGAUCCUGUCAUCACCUACGCUGACUUUCUCUCCAAAUUUAAGAGUGUGUUUAACCCAGGCACCGGGGCUGAGGCCGCUGCUCUCCGUCUCCUCAACUUCAAACAAGGUAGGAGGAGCAUGUCCGAUUACGCUAUCGACUUUUGGAUUCUGGCAGAAGAGGCGGGUGGACUCAAGAGGCGCUACGGAGCGCGUUGUUGAACAAUAUUAGAGAAGAAUUAAGGGACGAGCUAAUCGUGCGCGAUCUUCCUGCCUCCUUUAAUGAGCUAAUGUCUCUGUGCAUUAAGGUUGAUGAGCGGCUACGGGCUCGCCGGUCGCAGCGGAACUACAACUCCCAUGAGGC